AUGUCGGGCGCAAGGCACUGGGAGCAGGACAAAGAGGCCACUGUCUACAUUGGCAACCUUGACGAACGAGUAACCGACAGCCUCGUAUGGGAGCUGAUGCUUCAAGCCGGACGUAUCGUGAAUGUUCAUCUGCCCAAAGAUCGAGUUACGCAGACACACCAGGGCUACGGUUUCGUCGAAUUCAUUAGCGAAGAGGAUGCCGAGUACGCUGCAAGAAUUAUGAAUCAGGUCCGUCUUUACGGAAAGCCAAUUCGUGUCAAUAAAGCAUCUGCAGAUAAACAGAAGACAGUCGAAGUUGGUGCUGAGCUUUUCGUUGGAAACCUUGACCCGAUGGUCACGGAGCAGGUACUCUACGAUACUUUUAGCAGAUUCGGGACUUUGCUCUCUAUGCCAAAGAUUGCAAGAGACGAUGCCAACUUAUCCAAAGGUUAUGGUUUCGUAUCAUUUGCCGACUUUGAUGCUUCCGACGCUGCUAUAGCAAAUAUGCACGGACAAUAUCUAAUGAACAAGGAAGUAUCGGUUCAGUAUGCCUACAAGAAAGAUGGAAAAGGUGAAAGACAUGGUGAUCAAGCAGAGCGAAUGCUUGCUGCUCAGGCUCGCAAACACAAUGUUCAGCCACAAACCCAACCACUACCUCCGCAAUUGAUGGGACAGGCACCAACGCCUGGAAUGAUGCCUGGUAACCCGGUGGCUGCAGACGGAGCACGUCAUAUUGCCCCUGGUGGACCACCAGACUUUGCCGCAGGUAGAGGUCCUAUUCCUAUGCAAGCCUCUCAACAACCACCUAGACCUGGUCCUCCCGCACAACCACUAUCGGCACCUCAUCCGGGUCUACCAGCGCGGCCACCUCCGUCUCAAGCAGGAUUCGGUGGUCCUCCUCCACCGGGAUUUGUUCCACCAGGCUUCAACAAUGCGCCUCAACAACCUGGCUUCCCGCCGCAACCUCCAGCUGGGUUUGCUCCCCCGGCUGGAUUUGGUGGUUCGAUGCCUGGUGCGCAAGGAACCCCGCCACCAUUUCCUCCAGGAUUUCAACCACCUGGAUAUGCUAGGGCUCGUUGA